AUUUCUUAAUCAUUAUUUACAAUCUAAUUAAAUGGCAUUCGAAUCUUGAACAGCUAAUGCUGUAGGCAUAAUAGUGUUUUAUUGAUAUUUUUUUGAACGCAGUAAGUCACUAAAAUGUUAAAGUUUGAAAUAGUUUCCUCUCGUAAAGUCGAGGGCGUAGACAAUGAAAAAAAAUUUGUAUCGUACAUGUUACAAGUAAGGCAAGAUUCCACGGAGUCCAGUGUGUUUGAUCCGGAUCCAGCGAACGUAGAAAGACGAUACACGCAUUUUUUAGAUCUUUACACAGGCCUCAAAAAAGAACACCCGACAAUAAUGAAUUCUGUUACAUUCCCAAGAAAGAUAGUUGUUGGAAAUUUCGACCCAAAUUUAAUAUCAUCCAGAUGUGCUGCGUUUGAAUCAUUGUUAAAUUUGAUAGCAAAUGAGUCACGACUCAGGGAUGCCCCGGCUGCUAUUGCAUUCUUUCAGAAUGUUGAAUUGAAUGAGUCCAGGAAAUUGAUAAACGAGGGGAAGUUUGACCAAGCGCUGUUUGUUUUAGAGACAAGUUUUAAACUGUUGAAUAAGGUAUACACAGACAGAUCCAGAGUUGUACUGAGUGUGCUAUGCAGGAUUGUAGCUUGUGCUGGAUACAGUGGAGGUACUCUGGCUGGGCCGGUGGAGAAAUGGGCCCAAUUAGCUCUGAGAAGAUACGAAGCCGUUAGUGAUUCAGACUUGUUGAUGAUAUAUGUACCACUUUUACACACCUGCAUAUCCAUGUGGGACACACUGGGUCGUGACAAAACAAAGUUGGUAGAGGAGUUAAACAAUCUGAGAAGACGAGGUAUGAAAGUAGAUUCAGUACCGAGCCUUAUGGACGCCGUCGAUGGCUUAGACACAAGCCUUUAACACUGACUAACUCCGUUAAGCAUAAGUUUUAUAGUAUUAUAAAUUAUUAUAUAAAUCGAUUAUGUAUAUAACAACACAUUAAUAAUAAUGAAGAAAUGUAUUUAUGGCCUUAGUAACAGAUUAACUUUACAGUUAGUUACCUCUUAGUGUGUAGCGCUGUUAUUUGAUGCCAGAAGCCAAUCAAUAUAUUAAAUCAUGAUAAAAAAUAUAUUUAACAUUGUAUAGUCUUAGUUAUUAAGUAUGAAAGCUUUAUGACUUCUUAUUGACAAAUUAAAAAUGUUGUACAUUUAAUAUGUGAGUAUGUUUGUAUGUUACAAAUUAAUGCUAAAAGAAAAAUGGUCUAAAAUACAUAAUAUAUGCUUUGUGACAUUUGUUGGAGGGCACACAUUGUGAUAUCUCAUACAUUAAGAUUAAAUGUAUUAUAAUGAAUGACAUGAUUUCAGAUCUAUUAACAUAAUUUAAAUCCUUAUACUCACUGGUGAUAGAAUUUUUUAAAGUAUUAUUGCCAUAUUUAAGUUUUUAAUAACGAGAAAAAAAUGCAUGUUAUUUAAUCUCGCUGAAUAUUGUUUUGAUAUUAAAAUUAAUUAUUAAUGGUAGAAAUUUAUAAUUUUUUUUAUUGCAACUUUAUAAUAGAUGUAUAUGGCAACUUUAGGAUAGUUUUUAGUGAAAAAAAAACUUGUCACAAUUAGUCAAUUUGAUAUUUAAGAAUAGUAAUGUGAUAAUCAUGACGAAUGGAGAAAUAAUAUUAUAAACUAGCGCUUUAAGUAUUACAAGUGAAAUACUUUUCUGCUUCAAUAGAUAUGAGAACUGGUUUUAUAAUAAUAUUGAGUUGACAAAACAUAUGUAACGACCAUUACGGAUGUCCUGAAUAUUGAAAAUAUAUUUUUUCCGUUCCAUUUGUAUUUUAAAAAUCCAUUAUCAAGCCUGGCAACACAAUGAAGAAACAUUAAAAACACAUAUGUAUAAUCACAUUGUUUUCGCUUAUACUAUUAAACUGUAUUAUGUUCAAGGAAAAUUUAUUUCUAGAUAUUAAAAAAGACGUAUAUACAUGUGUAUGAAAAACUGUUUUUGAACGGAAAAUUCUCAUUUUAUAUACUUACUUCCCACCGAUUUAUAAAAGUGGUAUCAUUAAAUUUUGUCAUAAACCUUUUUUAUAUCUCGUCAUAUUGGUUUUAAAUUUCUUAAUUAAUUUGUAAUUUAAAUUUAAAAAUCUGUACUGUACGCAGGACUCGAAUUUGUAACCACUGGAACAUAUUGUUCCAGAAACUUUAUCAUUUCCUUAAGUAUUUCAUAUAUAUAAUAUUAUUAAAGCAAGCCAUCUGAUUUUAUUAUAUUAAUUUAAACUAUAUACAAUUCCAUUUAAUUCAUUAUUCAAAAUCAAAUUUACAAACAAUAGAAAAUAUUCGUUAAGUCAUAAUAUUCUCGAAAUUUAAUUUUUUGUUUUUGAUAACUUCAUUUAAAAUUAUAAUCUGUAAUAAUUAUAUAGGGUGUACAAAUUCGCCAAUAAUAAAAUAGUAGAAAUUCAUUUAUCUUACAUAAAAUUGUAUAAAAACAAGUUGAAUUAUUUAGAAAUAUAUAGACUUUACUCAAACUUGAUAUAUUCAACAGCCAAAAUAUUUGAUAAUCACCUCAUGCAUAUUGAAAAUGUGAAUAAUGAGUAUGGUGAAGCGUCAUAUAAUGAUAUUGCCUAUAUGAUAAAUACCACUGGUAUAUUUUUUUGUAUUAUAUAAAACCUCUUUUACACAAAAAUCUAUUUAAAAACCUUAAUGAUAUGGCCAGUUAAAUUGUAACAAUGGCAUCAUAUAUUGCUUUAUAUGUUUAAUCUUGUUGUUUGUAAGAGCUUACAUUAAGUAAAAUAAACAAUUAUUCGCUGCCUAGCAUUGAUGGUAAUAAUCUAGUUUGUAGACUGAUGUUUUAUAUAUUUGUAGAUCUACAAUAAAGUUAUACAAUUC